CGCUGGCUGGGCCCUGCUGCCUACCAGGUCGGCUCUGAACCAAAGACUACAGUUCCCGGCAUACCGCUGGAGCCGCAUUUCCCGGCGUGCCCUAGGCCUCCGCGUGCAGUACGUCUCACGGCGUGCCGCGAGCGGGAACUACACUUCCCGGCAUGCCGCGGGCGGGAACGACACUUCCCGGCGUGCCGCGGGCGGAAACGACAUCUCCCGGCGUGCCGCGGGCGGGACCCGGGAGCGCCCGCAGCCCUGGGCCGAGUGGCGGGUGUCCCCGGCCGAGAGAAGAUGGAGGAGGCGCCGCAGCCUGGCGAGAGGCGGCCGGGGAAGCCGUGUGUGCUGCUCCGCAACCACCGCCGCGAGCAGCACGGCGUGGCGGCCUCCUGCCUCGAGGAGCUGCGGACUAAGGCCCGUGACGUUCUGUCCAUUGACGAGUCCCUGGCCCCUGUCACCCUGGUCCUGGCCGAGGACGGCACCAUCGUGGACGAUGACGACUACUUCCUGUGCCUGCCGUCCAAUACCAAGUUUGUGGCGCUGGCAGGCGGGGAGAAGUGGACGUACAGCGAUUCAGACGGGGGGACAGCUUGGAUCUCCCAGGAGUCCUUUGAAGCAGACGAGACGGACAGUGGAGCCGGGCAAGUGUGGAGAAACGUGGCCAGGCAGCUGAGAGAAGACCUGUCCAGCAUCAUCCUCCUGUCGGAGGAAGACCUGCAGGUGCUCAUUGACGCCCCCUGCACAGAUCUGGCUCGGGAACUGCGCAGGAGCUGCGCCUCAGUCCAGGGGCUGCAGAACACCCUCCAGCGGGUUCUCGACCAGAGGGAGGAGGCCCGGCAGUCCACGCAGCUGCUGGCGCUGUACCUGCAGGCUCUGGAGAAAGAAGGCAGCAUCUUGUCCGGGCAGCAAGAGUCCGCCUCCAGCUUCAGCGACGAGCCGGACGCGGGUCUUGGUGACGGCCCCUCCAACACCGCGCUAGCCAGCCGGGUCCUCGCCACACUGCAGGGGAAGCCGGUCCCGGAGCUGAGUCUGUCCAGUCAGGACCUGGAGUUGGUGACCAGGGAGGACCCCCAGGCACUGGCCACCGCGUUGAACUGGGACAGAGAGAAGACAGAAACUGUUCAGCAGGCCUGCUGUCAGGAGCUUUCCCUCCGCCUCCAGCAGAUACAGAGCUGGCGUUCUCUCCGAGAUGUCUCAGCGAGGAAGAGCCCACCGCCCGGAGAGCUGCAGAACCCGAAACGAGCCAAACCAAACCCCUCGUAACUGGUGCUGCCAGCCGGGGACAUGCCAGGAAAGUACCGUGACCUCGCUUGCCGCUGCCAGCCGAGUGGGCUCAGCCGAUGCCCAUUAGCCGCUCACACAGCUUGACCCUUAGAGGAAGCCCCGGGAAGAGGCUGUAGCUGCCCUUGUGCCCACUCCAGACCUCGCCGUGUAUCCACCUGUUCUGAGUGACGUGACACCCACGGUCCCCCUCCUCUUCUGUUCUGGUGCCUGUGUUCUGUGUCCUGAACUGACUGCAGUGGGCUCGCAGCAGUAGGGCACAGGACUUCAGGGUCAGUCCCCAACACCACAUGCCACAGCGACACACUGAUUCUCUCUGGUUAGUCAUUUUACUUAUGAAGAGCAGGUAAAAGAAAUUCUACUGCACACUCACCAUCCUGGUUCUAACUAGCACUGCAGAAUUUUAAAUACAAAUAAUGGUAAAGAAAGUCAUAUGAUAGUGUUAAUUAUGGGCAGAAAUGUGUUUCUUCAUUUAAUGACUGUUUUGUUACAGGUACAUAUUAAACUCGUAGAUAAUAGGGAAGUACAGACUAAACCACCAUCUCUGAUAUCUGACUCAGUAUUGCGAAACUCCAUCUGUCAUCAGUGUGAAACUUAACUCUUCAGCUUCCUAAUAUGUUUUAACGGGAGAGUAUAAAAAGGUCAUUAGGGAGUCAGGUGGUAGCGCAGCAGGUUAAGCGUACAUGGCGCAAAGCGCAAGGACCGGUGUAAGGAUCCCAGUUCGAGCCCCCAGCCCCCGCCUGCAGGGGAGUCGCUUCACAGAUGGUGAAGCAGAUCUGCAGGUGUCUUAUCUUUCUCCCUCUCUGUCUUUCCCUCCUCUCUCCAUUUCUCUCUGUCCUAUCCAACAACAACAACAUCAACAACAAUAAAAAAUAAACUUAAAAAAAGGAUCAUUAAAUUGAUUUCCAAGUGA